AUGGGACAACUACCAAAUCAUUUGCAGUUGGCAGUCUUUGCCUUGCUGGAGUGCGAACUCGCGGAAGUAUUCGAGUUCAUGGGUUCUGACCAUGUGGACCUGAUGUCCACAUCAAUCCAGCACAUAGGCAAGACUCUGUUCUCCAUGCAACUAUCCCUGCAAAAGGUUCGGCUAGGAGCUACUGCGGGAGAGGUCGCACUGAAGGAAAAGAAUACGAAGCUUAAACGGGACUUGGAAGCCGUCGAAAUAGAAAAAAGGCUAUCCACUAAAUCGAUGGUCCGGUACCUGAAUGAAAGGGAUGCGGCUCUUCGCACGGUGGAUUUUCAAAAGGCCGAGCUUGAGAAGCAAGGGGAGGAGAUAAAGGAACUCCAGAGAACUAUAACCAGGCUCUCCAGAGAAGUCGACGAGAAAGAUCAGGAGCUCAAAACGACCUCUCAGCGGGCUUUACGAGUAGAGCAGGAGAAGGAGGUCUCAGAGAAGCAAAGGCAGGCUCUUGAGGCCGAACUCCAAGCGAGUCAGGGAAAAAUUACUUCGCUAACUGAAGAGAUGCAGAACCAAGCAGAGGAGAUCGAGGCAAAAGCUGCUGAAUGGGCAAUCGAGUCUAUCUAUGCCUUGCGACUGAAGAAUCAGCAGAUUGAUAUGUCCGACCUCUCGGAGGAUUAG